CCCCAUAACUUAACUACAUUUUUUCCUCAUCCAAGUUUACACUUGUCACUGCGUCAUGAGCACGUAAGAUUAAGUGAUAAAAGUUGUUUGCUGAAUAACAUUAUCCUGGCGUUUCAUUUUCUUUUUUUUUUUUGCUCGAAUAAAUGGAAGAGUGAUUGUGUCAACAACUCAACCGAACCUUUGAUCUGAUCUUGACGUUUAGAGCUAUAUGACGCCAGCCAGCUACAUAUAGAAUUUUUACAAUCACGAUUAGGAUGCGCUGUUGAGGAUAGGACUUUGUUUUACUAUAAAUGGAGAGUUUGGUCGAUAAAAGAAUUCAAAUCGUACUGCCAAACCAACAAUUCAAUUUGUGCCAUGGCGAAACUAAUAACUUCUUGGUUGCUAUUGGCAAUCUCUUCAUCCUUAUUAUUUACAAUGGCGUUUUCGAAUGACGUUUCAAAAACGACCAACUUGCAAGAAAUCGCUGCAGAGGCUCUGGCCAAAGUGGAAUCCAUGUUGGAACUCGAACGUCGUUUAUUGGCUAAGGGGUUGACGGUCAACCGUGGCACAUCAGCGCAUUUCCACUCGCUUAUGGUAUCUGCCGACGCCGGAUCGAAACAAAGGGACUCCACCCUGAACGCCAGUCGAAUCCUGGCUGCAUCAUCUCUAGUGAAAGCUAAAUUUAAUUGGAGCGCAGACGAGGCCAGAAGAGAACUCCCACUUUUUUCGUUGGCAAACACGGACCUGAAGGCUUCCUGCCCAGAUUCUACCACCUGCUCAGCGACCAGCAAGUACCAACCGAUUGACGGCUCGUGCCAUAACCAAGUCCAUCCGCAAUGGGGGAAAGCGAACACACCUUUUCAGCGCAUAUUGCCCAACGCAUACGCCGACGGUGUUUAUGAGCCACGGAAAGCGGUUAACGGUACCGAACUGACAAGUCCCCGUGUCAUUAGCACAACAGUCAUCCAACCGGCCACUAGAACUUCAGACGAUUACACUUUGGUUCUGAUGACGUGGGGGCAGUUCAUUACCCACGAUAUGACCAAGUCUUCUUCUUUUACUUCAGGUAAGAGAGAAAAAAUAAAUAAAACUUGUUGGCCGCUAAAGAUGAACUCUAUCGCUAAUAAAAUUACAAACUGUAAACAGCGGAUGGAAAAACCCCUCAGUGCUGCAACGCAACCAGCGGGGGGCCCUUAGACGCCGAACUCCUUCAUCCAUUUUGUCUGCCGAUUCACAUCCCAGAAGACGAUAGAUUUUACAGUCAGUAUAACCAGACUUGCAUGACAUUCGUUCGUACACACAUCGGAGGUGAUUACAGCUGCACUCUGGGACACGCUGAACAGGUAAGCUCACAAAAUUAGUUUGUUACUCUAUGGGCAAUCGAUGAGCUACAUCUUUGGGUUGUCUUUCGGUAAUAGUUGAACAGCAUAACUCACUGGCUGGAUGGAUCAAUGGUUUAUGGAAGCUCUUUAUCCGAGUUAAAUAAUUUGAGAGUUGGAGAGGAGGGUCUGCUAAAAUACUCGACCACUGAUGGCAAGGAAUUGUUACCUCUCAGGCCCGGCUGCUCUACUUGCUAUUUCGCCGGUAUUUUAUUUCUAACAUUCUCGUUUAUACCGACAGUAUAAAUUCGGUUAUUUUCAGGUGACGCCAGAGCCCUUGAGAAUCCGCAGUUGACC